CAGUUACGUAACCUAAGUAUGUUUUUAUUUCUUGCAGUGACAAAAUAUUCCUUCGAAAUUGAACCCGCUGUACAGUCAAGUGUUGUUGAUGAGGGCACAAGCUUUGAAUUUCGUUGUGAGUAUGGGAAGGGAUCGACACAAAUGAAAUGGUUAAGAUUGCGCAAAAUAAAUGGUACAAGAAAUGAAGAUUAUAUUCCAAGAAAUCUUAUAACUGUUCGAACAGAUUCAAGUAAAAGUGUUGAAGUGUAUUCCAUUAAGAAAGUUACUCCUGAAGAUUCUGGUACUUAUAGAUGUGAAAUUACUGAAAAGAGUGGUAAACGAGCAACACGAGCACGAGUUUUGCAGGUCAAACGUAAGUACUAAAUGCCAACUUAUCCCCGAUGGGGGCAGUUCCCAGACAGGGCUUUGUGACAGGGACAGUUAUACUUUCCCGACACCAGAUGAUCUUGAUACGCGGAAAAGUACUGGCACUAGUUGUCAAAUAGAAAUCCAUUUUAUGAUUAAAACAACUGAAUAUCUCCUGUAAUAUACUUUAUUUCGAUUCCAUAUUUUUGUCAGAGCUAGAGUUCUCAUAACCAAACAUAAUUACAAAAUUUCAACUAGUUUCAUAAAGAAUAACGAAAGAUAUAAUUGACUGAAUACAUCAAAAUGGAUUUCUAUUUGGACAACCCUUUCUGAGCGCUGAUUGGCUAAAAUACGAACACGAGAUCACCUGGAGGGGCUUUGUGACAGGGGCAGUUAGUUUCCCGACAGGGGCUUUGCUUCGUCCUGUCCCCCCUCCCCAUGCAACAAGACGAUAAAUGAUUAAUUUUCUUAUAUCAUUGGGAAUAAAAAUGGCUAAAUACGAUAGGAUUAAAAAUUACCAAUCAAAAUCACAUUUUUCCACUUCUGUAGUACUUAAAGCACGAAGUUGGAUUAUUUUUUAUAUACAUUGCACCCUGAAUGUUGUAUAGGAGUGCAGAAAGUAAUACAAUUUUCGCUUUCUUUGGAUUUUUGGAAAAUGCUGUUUUAAUUUAUCUUUUACAGGGGAAAAACCACCUGUUUUUGGAGAUAUGAAAGCUAUUUUCGUUGUUAACAAAGGUGACGACGUGCAAAUUGUACUACAUGUGACUGGUUCACCGUCACCAAAUAUCAGUUGUUAUCAUAAGGACCGUCUAAUAAUAUUCUGUUCUGGAAAGACAAUUGAUAGCGUUGAUAUAUCACAGAAUAUCACUACCGCAUGCUCAAAGGAUAAUUAUGAUUUGACUGGAUAUCACGAGUUAAUGAUAAGAUUCGCUACUUUUGCCGGAAACGAUGGCAUGUACAGAUGUGAAGCAAGCAAUUCUGUUGGAAAUGAUACGAUCAAUUUCCGUGUUAAUGUUACAGGUACGAUUUAUCCAUACUUAUAUAUAAACCCGCUUUGAUACUAAAUUAUUUAUUAUAUUAUAUAUGUCCGCAUUAAAGGGUAAACGUUUUAGUUCAGGAUGGCCGAACGUGUUGGACGCACGCACUUGUUUGUAUGAAUAAUACAUAUCGCCGCAGUAUAUAUAUAUAAUAUAUAUAUAGCAGUCUAUUGUUCGUUUGCAAACGACGCCAUCUUGGAUGAUUUUCGUGGUAACUAAAAAUCUAAUAUAUUCUUCAUUCUUUGUCGUAUUGUGCCAGAAAUCGUAGACUACCCAUAAUACAGUAAGAUGUUUUCAAAACAAACCAAAAAAAUAGGUACGCGACGCGUACAUGUAUCUGCGAAAAAAAAAACUUGGUUCACAUUUUGUAUUUUCUUGAAAGGAACUGAAUAAUGAUGAUAAGAGACAAUUGAAAUAUUUCAUCACUUAUAUUAUAUUAUAAUAUAACAGCAAAUAAGAUUUUAAAGUCAAACAUAAUACACAUCACUUAUAUUAUAUUAUAAUAUAAUAGCAAAUGAGAUUUUAAAGUCAAACAUAAUACACAUCUAACAGGGCUGUACACAGUGUGGAGGGCCGCAGGCAACCGCCUCCGCCAAGAAAAUUUAACUAAUUUUAUAAUGUGAUUAUGAUUGUAACGGAUAAUUAUGUAGUCAGGAAAUAAAUUUUCAUGCAAACAAUAUUCUAAGUGUCUAUACAGCCGACAGCAGGCUAUUUAGUAAACUGUCAUGUGUCAAUCCAUACUCAUCGAAUUUUCAAAACUUUAUUGUAAUCAUAUGAAGCAAAGGUUCCGUCACUUGUUGUUUACACUUGCCAAUGUUAACUAGCUGUUGAGUAACAUACACAAACUAUUCGAGGAACAUGCAUUACUAUAGCAGUGAGUCAAUCAUAUAUCAAAGACCACUGAAUAGUAGAGAAUGUUUUGAAGGUCAUGAAUGAAGUAUAUAUAUAAUUCAAUUCAAAUCCUGUGCACAAUAUAAUGAUAUACCACACUGACAACUGUUCGGUUUAACACAGCAUAUCCACCCAAAAACAAUUUGUGUUGUGGGAGAAUAUCGGUUUGAGUAGAAAGUAUAUAUCACAAGUUUAGUUUGUACAUUGUGUGCCAUUGAUCUGAUCCAUCCAUACAAAUAUAUAUGAUCAUUGUAGCUGUUAAGUUAUUUUCCAUACUAUUCCGUUGUUCUGACAAAAUUAUCCAGCCAAUAUCCAGUAUAUUUAUUUAUCAUUCUUGUAUCAAUCUGAGACAAUGUCUGUUAAAACAAACAUUUAUGUUAGAAAGCAAAAUAAUAACAGCUUAGUUGGACUGAGAACAUUAGAACAUCUCCUGAGAACAUUAGUUCCUGUGACAUUGUUCAUUGGCAAAUAUAUUGCCUGCUAUCAGUGCUAUGUUUUGACUGUUUAAUUAAAAUAUACACAACACAAUGAUUGUUUUACUGUAUAAAUAUAUAAAAUAUGUGGUAUUUGACUACUUACCAGAUGAGGAUAAGUUUCCAUGUUGAUAGAUAACUUCGGAAUAAUAUCGCAAGUAGAAUGGCACGUGAAAACAAGACAAAAUCAAGAUAUUUUUGAAGCCAAAAUGUGAAAAUGGCAAAGAAUUGAAAAGAAUAACACGAUUACACGAGGCCAAACUAUGUCCGUUCGCAGGUUAGAUGCGGGCACGAUAUAAACAAUAGAUGUAAACUAAUCGCUGAUUGGCUUAAAUUGGCUCAAUUAUAUAAGCUCGUCGCUGAAUGGCUAGGGAUACGGUAACAGUACGGUACGGUACAGUACGUUUGCGAUAGCAAUAUAUCUGCUUCGCAGAUACAAAUAUUAAAGUAACUCAACUAUUUCGAUGUAAACGGCUGGACAAAACUUUAAAAUCAACCAAGAUGGCGCCUACACGUAGUGACGUCAUGUGCAAGCAAAGAAUACAGCAGUUUCAAAAUUUACGGAACAAUAAAAGAACAAUAUUGUAUUUGCAAUUUGUAAAAUACUAACUUAUACCGAAUCAGCGCGAGGCUUUCACACAACGAUGGAGGGCUAGCCUGCAAAGUAAUGCUCUCCAGGUGCACUGAACUGGAGCCUGGUCGUCAUUUGAUUAUACUUGUUAGUUAACAACAUCACAACAAUCUGGCGUUUUGUUUGCAAUUUGGCGUAUGGCGUCUUGCCUUUUGGAUAAAUGACCAACAUUUGUGAUAAAUGAAGCAUCGAAGUUUCAAAUAAUUGAACCAAGGCCUGUUUAAGACGUUGAAUUUCCGUCGAGUGUAAUUCUUUAAAUUUGUAUAUUUUUGGGCUUCAUAUAGAUUUCCUUCCUCGGUUCGACACAUGAAAGCAAUAUUUCUAAUGUAGUUCACUUUUAUUCGUGAUUAGAUGUCUAACCAUCGAACCACGACAAUGCAACGAACUACAGUAUAAUAUCGGCUGUGACGUCAUGAUCAAACAUUCCCUCAACGAAUUUUUGACUAGUUUUGUUUGUGGAAACACCACGUAAAUUUAUUACUGCAAAGCUUUCGAUCCGUAAGCUGAUGAAGAUCCGGGCUUACGGAUCGAAAGCUUUGCAGUAAUAAAUUUACGUGGUGUUUCCACAAACAAAACUAUUAUAUUUUUCGCCAUGCAAACAUACAAAGAACGAAUUUUUGACUGCAACUUUUUUUUUAGAAUAUUUUCUCACGGAAGAGUUAGUCAAGGCUAGUAACGUCGAAAUUCAGAAAGACUUGUUAUCCUAUUUGCAUUAUUUCAACCUAUUAUUUCUUUUUAGUCUCUCCAAAGAUCAGUCGUGAAAAUAGCAAAUAUUUCGCACAAAGAAAAACCCUUGAUCAAAAGAUCAAAUGUAUAAUAAACCUGUCUAAUCCGAGACCUACAGUCACAUGGUCACAACAAGAUUUACCAACGUCUUCUCCAGAGGCAGAUCCUGAUGAAGAUAAAUGGACCGUUUCAAAAUAUGAGUCAGAGUUAGUUCCAACACACAGAGGAGGAUAUGACAGUAUUCUAACAAUCCCAUGGGAACAAGAGAAAUCGUCAUUCUACAGAUGUUUUGCUGGAAAUAAUUAUGGUAACGACAGUAGAGUGUUCAAGUUUAUACGAUAUGGUAAGAAUCUGCACGUAAUUGAGCUAUUAAUCAUCCAGUUGCACGGAUAUUUACCUUUAGUUCCCUCAGAAUUACCGUAUAAGUUUAUCUAUUUACUUUUAGUCAAAUAUCCAGGCCCUUUUAUGGUCAUUCGACCCGCGCGCCUUUAACACACCGUGCGUUGAGUGCUGUUUGAUAUGAGACAAUUUUAAAAAUUUCAGCUCGUGCUUGCUAAAACUCUUCAGAAUUAUUUAUUUUCAUUGAAACAAUAAUGAUGGGGUCGUAAGUAAUAAAAUAUUUCUUCAAAAUCCUCGCGGCGGACGAAAUUGAGACUACAUGUCCACACUACACACUACGCUGUUACGGUUUGUUUACAAAUUAAAUUAGCACUCAUAAAAACCCAAGAUAUUUCAAAUAGAGCAAAGAAAUUUAAAUGGAAAAGCAUUCGAAUCUACUGUUUUGAGAUCUGAGAUGCUUGGUUUGCAAGCGGUAUAAAAAAAGUAACGGCGUUUGUGUUCACACGAAGCCGCCAAGCGCUCCGUUUUCAUCUCGCUCCGUUUAGAAACUGUCACAGAGGAGAUAUAUACAGAGCUGUAACUGACCGUUGUAAACACUGCGGAAACUUACGUUUUAAUGUACCCACUUUCUUUCAGGCGACCGGACGAAAAGUGAUCAACUGCGCGUACUCAGCAAGUUCCGCGAGCAGUUAAAGCGAGCCGCCAUCCAAUGAGAUGCAUGCAUUUAGUAACUUGCCGAGCACGCGCACAAAAAAAGUGGAUACACUAGUUAUAACUCUGUAUAUGUAUCUACUCUGUGAUGCCAUUGUUAACGGCAAAAGUGACGUUUUUAAACAAUUUCGCUCCGGCGUUGUGUAAACACGACAGCUUAUUGUGACUUUUCCACGCCGUUUCCAAAGCGGUCCGGCAUAGUGUGAAUGUAGUCUGAGAUAAGUAUCUGCAACUGUAUAGAACUGAACUACACUAGCUUUGGUUGCACCAUUCUCGUCCCCAGAGCCAUUUUCACUCGGUCACUUGUUGAAAAUUGGGCUCUAGGUUAGACGACUAAAAGGGGAAAUCUGAUUGGCUUCUCAGAGUACUGCUAUUUCGCAGAAGUUGAGCAAUUUUCGCAAGGCAAAGUUAUUCUAUGAACAUAUGUCAGCACAAAUACUUCGUUUCUUCGUAAUACUUCUCUGUGAAAAAUGUUACAGGUGCUAAAGCGUCCCAAUUCAAGAGCAUGCGCUUUAGAAACUACUGCAAGUUUUCUUGUACUUCCGGUUCCGUGUGUCCCAGGUAGGACGCGAGAGGCCCUGGGGACGAGGAUGUGGUUGCACUGGUUAGUUCUAUCCGUUCUUAUAACUGAUCUCCGCUUAUAGAUCUAGUCGUACCAUAGGAGGAAACCGGAUUAUUGCAGGAAUCAAACCCUGCAGCGAUGAGAGACGCAUGCAUUAACCCCAGCGCGACUUGUAUUGCGUGGGAAUUACUAUAUGAAAUAAUUGCUUCGUCCACAUUUUACACAGUGCCUGUGGACGAGGCAGAUGAAAUCAGUAUGAAGCUAUUUUCCCUUCCCUAAAUGGGGGUGGAUGGAAGGGAAAAAAGUCCAAAUCCAGCUUCUCACCUGAUUAAUCCAUCAGACAAAGAAAUUUUAGUGUGUUGUUUUUGAUUGGUUGAUGUUAAUUAGAAAUACUAUAAUUGUUCAUGGUAGAUUUCGUAGUUGUACCUAACUAUAAUUAGAGUGUUUGUUAUUAUGUGAUUUUUGACACCUCCCUCCCCUUAGACAUUUUGAUUGGAAAGCGAAAAAUAGAACCUGCGACUUAGGAUUAUAAUACAAGCAUUUUAGUUUACCGUUUUUUUCAGAAGAAGAAUGAGAAGAAAAUGGAAGUGGGUCAUGUAUAAUGAGUCAUCCCGGGGUCCCACCACUCCCCCGUAAAAUUCAUGAUUUUGCCUCAAUGAAAAAAGUUAUUUGAAAUAACAUUUCCAGAAUUCAGACAGCACUUUUGAGCAAAAAUAUAACCGGUUUACAAUUAUAUACAACGAUCAAGUACUUUCUCCCUUUUACAGUUGCCAAUUUCUUCAAAGCAUAUUGCAAAAAUUGUAAUUCAAUUGAGUUUCAAUCAUUGAACUAAAAUAUAUUUUAGUUCAAUGGUUUCAAUUGAGUUUUUCCUACCGUACACCGAUACUAGAAAAAUGCUAGUAUUAGUCCUAGUCCUAGAUUAGAAAUUAUUAGAUAGCUACAGUAAUAACAAGACUACAAGAGCCUAUAUGGGACGACAUGAUUCAUGUUUCUUGUAGUAACCCUAUAUCUGUACCUGAACCAACAAUUUUGCAAUGUUAAUGAAUCCAUGCAGUUUGUUUGAAAAUAUCAACCAUUUCCUUUUCUAGGACAAGGCAAAGAACCAAUUGUAGUGACUCCAAAAUCAGCCGUUAAAAAUGAAGGAAAGACAUUUAUUGCAAACUGUCGAGUUAUAGUCGUGUUUGGAGGAAAUAUUGUGUUCUAUAGAGAUAAUCGAACAGUAAUGACAAAUGAUAAUCGAACAAAUAUUACAAUGACACAGGAUAAGGACUUUCGUAACAUAACAAUGGUGAUAAGAAAUCUCACACUGAACGACAGCGGAACUUACCGAUGUAGUGAAAAAGGCGUCAGUACCAAUGACUAUUCUCAAUUUGUAACUUUGACUGUAAAAGGUGAGGUGUCUCGCAUCUGUCAUUAUUUUUAAACCCUUGCAUGUCACUGGCUUAUACAGACCUUUUUAACCCUCUCAUGCAGAAAGCUUAUUCCGAAGAAGAACUUUGAAGCGAGUGUAGGAUGUUAAGAUAAGCGUAGUUAGAAGGUCGUGCAUGCAAGGCGUACAAGCGAAAGUGCAUUUCCUUUAAAAUAUUAUCUUAUCACAUUAGACUGUACUGUUUAUUGCACUCUUGCCCCAUUAGCCUCGUUUUCAUGUGGUUAUUUCCUCAUGUUUUGUGCACAAUUUAAGUUUAAGGAUAGGCUUGUGAUUGGGCUCAAGAUCAACGAGAAAAAUAUUAUAGAACAUGGGAGUAUUAGUUAUAACUUUCAUGGCCGCCUACCAUGCUUAAAAAAAGACAAACGUGAAAACGAGACCAUUGGGGCGAAAGUGCGAUAGACAGGAAAGUCUAUUUUGCUAUUACUUUCCUAAUCAAACUUUUGAGUUGUUGAGUGCGCAAGUAGAAUCGAAGAUUUAUACCACCCAGUUGAAGCCCUUUACCAGUAAUUCACAUAUUGGGUAGCUUUAAGGCCGUUUUUUCACUUUUUUCACUAGUCCCACUCUAGUGCUCAGGAAAUAAAGAAAUAUGCUACACUUCGGUACGAUACGGUUCAAGUGGAAAACGGCCUUAUUCGAGUACGGAAACUUGACAAGAAAACAGUUGCUUAGAGCACAAACGGGACCUAUUCAUUUUAAGCUUCCUUUUCAUCUUAAGCUCCCUAUUGUCUUCUCGAAACUCUAGCGAAAAGUAUAAAGAAAAUUACGAGGAUGUAAACUUAGUAUAACUUUUUCUUCUUUUCCCGCGACCUAUACCAUAAUCCUUCUGACCUUAACUGUGGCAUUGCCCCCUCACCCUAAAGGUCCAGACACACCAGACGCGAUUCUAGUUUCGAUUUUCACCGACCGAAACUUUGAUCCUAGUUUAAAUUUUCCAAAAAUUUAGAAGCGUUAUAACAUUUUGAGUUAUUUGGUCUACAUAUAUUUUAAAAUUUGCUCUCAUUGGCUGUUUUAUUAACAUUCAAAAACUAAAAAAUUGUGUCGCGUUGUCGAAUCGCGUCCGGUUUGUCUGGACAUUAGGGAGCUUUAGAUUUGACUACGAGUACGACUACGAGUACGAGAUUUGAUCGCGUGCGAGGAGAUCACCGUAGUCGUUUUCGUUUCCAUUCAAAUGUUGCUUUUAUAGCAGUAAACCAACAUCGAGAGAAAAAGUUUCAUAAACUAAAUCUCCUGCAGACUAAAAUCCCCUACAAAACGUGAAAAUAAGUCAUAACAUUAAAAACAGGCCAGAUAUUUAGUACUAAUAUAUUAUUUGCGCCGGAUAAACGCUAUAUAAAUGCUACAAAUUAUUUUUGGUAAACAAAAAAAAGUCAACUUUCUUUUUUUUUUUUUUAAAGUCGUAGUGAGGACUACGAGAUUUCUCCACAAUUUCGUACUCAGAUGGGCGACGGCUACGACUUUUUCGCGUCAGUACGAGAUGGCGUAAGCAUACAGCAUGCGUUUAGCUUGACGAAUCUCGUACUCGUCACAGAAUAGGAAGUUAUACCAGAAGCGUAACUCGAGCAAACAUUUGUCCGCGUUUUUACAAGCGAUUCGUCAUCAAUCACGCCAUCCUGGCUAGUACAACCGGCACUUUGUACCUACCAAAUCCUGAUAAAAACUUCCGGCUGUACUAGCCAGGAUGGCGUGGCCUGACGUGAGCGAGUUAAAAAUUUUCGUGGACGUCAAACAAUAAGGGAAACGACUAGAGUUACGCUUCUGGUAUAACUUCCUAUUCUGUGUACUCGUAGUCGUACUCGUAGUCAAAUCUAAAGCUCCCUAUUAACGAGGGAUGGCGAACUAUAGCUAAAACAACUUGUGGUAUAAAUUAUCUCAUUUCGUCUACAAAGUUGUUUUAACAUUAAGAUUAACAUUUCUAUAGCGCGAAUUUCCAUGUAGAUAUGAUCAAAUGUGCUUUACAUCAAGUAUUAUACGCUCACCUAACUUCACACUUAGGCCAUUUUACAACAAUUGUGAUAUUAGUUUCUUAUAACUGUGUUUUAUCCUAACCCACCCUGUCAACCACCCGGUCAGCAGAGCGUUGACUGAUUCUUUUCACAUGAGUCUAUAGAGAGAAUCGAAGCCACGAUCUCAGAGGUGAAAGGCGACUGCGAGUCUUUGCCAGUGAACUCUAAGGGAACUGGAACGAUAACUUGGCGGCCAUCUUUGAAGCCACUCAUGACGGCCGCCAUGUACGUAUGGAGUGGAAAAUAUGCCACCGAGAAAAAAGCUAAAAACUUUCAACAAUACCUGAAAUUUAAUACAAAACAUGUUUCCAGAACGUAGAGCAGUUAUAAAGUUCUUUUUUCAGGAGUCAAAGUGCGAAGUUUUUUUCGGCACGUUCAAACUUGUGUAAUAUUUUGAAUGUCAAGCUGUUACCCAGGAAGUUUUUGCUGUUAGUGGAUGUAAAAUACUUAGAACUAUCCAGGAAACCAGGUUUGAAUCUUUAAAGUUGAAGCCUUUUGAUAAAAAAGUACUUUUUCUUGCUGAUUUUCGCUCAAAAACCAAUCUCGUUCCCCGAGCCUGCGAUCCUCGGGAAGGAACGCGAGGCUCUGGGAUAAUCCGUUACCGGAAGCCAGGAAUUGUGGCUAAGAUUGAACUACGCAUUCCAUUUCAACGGCCAAUCAGAUUCCUCCCUGAAAUGGAUUAUCCCAGAGCCUCGCGUUCCUUCCCGAGGAUCGCAGGCUCGGGGAACGAGAUUGCUCAAAAACAAACUUUUGACUGAAUUUCCCGCUCCUCGAAACUCUCCCCAGUCCUUUUGAAAGUUAAUUUAUUGCUCGCUGAGCUCGUAAGAAGCGCCAUCUUGGCUUCAGGCAAUGGUAUGGGCAUGUUUAUCUGCAGUUAGCGUUCCAGUGUUAUUACAGUUCACUGGUCUUUGCUCUGACGACUACGUCAUUCAAGCCCCACAUUAAUACACUUUUCACCAAACUCGCUGUUUUUCUUUUUCAGCACUUCGUCCUCCGGUGAUAUUAGAUUUACAAAACCAAACAGCUGACCAGGAUAAAGUCGAAGAAACGGUUUUGUUUUGCAAUGUGACGGGCAAUCCUUACCCCAAAGUAAUAUGGUUAAGAAAUAGUAAGCCAGUUGAAGCUAAAGAGAUAAAAUCAUUAAAUUGUGGAGAUCAGAAAAGUGGUUAUUAUUACAAGAAUAAAGAACAUACAGAGUUGGCAAUUUGUGAACCAGAAAUCUCGCACUCAGGCUUCUACACGUGUGUCGUUGAAAACCAGAUAGGAAGUAUUAGGAGGAAUAUGUAUCUUAAUGUUGUUGGUAAGUUCGAGACUUAAUUGUGUUGUAUUCAUAGAAAUAAUAGAUACAGAAUGCGUAUUCCUAUCUUUCUCUCUCAGUCAAAAUUUCGUCUCCACAAAAUGAUGGGUUUCAAAGGGCAUUUUGACUCGCCCCAGACUCCUGCGGGAGGGAAUUUCGCGCGGUUGCGGGUAGUGCGAAUUGUUUUUUCAAAAACGUUUGCAAAAGUAUUUUAUAUCGAGAAUUAAAAUGGGGAAAAAAGUAUUGUAAAGGUGAUAACCCAUCCUAUAGCGGGGUUUUUACGAAAAACAAUAGUUCUGAACUGGAUAUAUACAGAAAUCGUCGUUUAAAAAUACAGUUUCAAGGUUGUUGUGGAAGCCAAAACAAAAGUCAAAACACAAAAGAUCAAGACAAACUCGGUACUCAAUAGGUGUGUUCUAAAAAUAUUUCAAAUUAGACAGGAAGACAAAACUUUUCGCGAAGGAAAACUUAGUCUUAGCUUUGUUUAUACUUUCUAAUUCUCACUCCCAGUCAUAUUUUGGCACACGGAAAAUAUAUAAAGGGCACACGGAAAAAAACUGGAGACAUGAUUGUAUUACACGAGGUGGUAUUCUAUUUUAUGUAUAGUUUAGUAUUCUAUCAUUUUCACCACAAUGUUGAACCUAAUUGCUCGUCAUUCUAUAGCUGAGCCAAUGUUUACAGAGCCCACCUCGCUAGAAAACAAAGUACUAGGAGCUGGCGAUUCUUUGAACCAUCACUGCGUCGUGAAAGGUAAUCCAACUCCCUGGGUACAAUGGAUAAUGAGGAAUGAGAAUAAAACAAUGACGAAUAAAUCUAAAGAAGAGUCAAUAUUAAAAAUAAAUAAAAUGGAUGAAUCUUACGUUGGAAACUAUACAUGUAGAGCGUGGAACUCUAUUGGAAGUAUUGAGAGUCAUUUCCUGGAGCUGAAACUUAAACCGCCUCCAGGUUAGUUCUACAUUUCUCUGUAGUAUAUACCCAGUAGAUUCUAGAUUUUUGUGUCUAGACCGAAAACUAAGUUGGAAGAUUUACAUAACUUUAAUUAAGUUGCGUUUUUACACGCAUGAAGCUAUUUUGUUGGCCCAGAUGUUGGCCUAUAAAUUUGAAAAUAGAAUAUUUUUAUCUUGACGAUCCUUUUGUUGUACACAAGAGGUAGCGAUGGUAACUCCAAAUUGUCAAGUCAAGCUUUUAAAUCUUCAAAUUGUUAUUAGGAGACAAAAAAUUGCCGUCGAACUGCUGCUUGUCUACCACGAUUUAUAAAAAUUGCGAGGGUGUGUUUAACUUUAUUUUUUAUAAACGCGGAAGGAUAUGUAGCCAAGAUCACAAUUUUACGAGUGUUUUCCUAUCAACUUUUUAAACCCAGCGGUGUAGUGGAAAAUGGGCCCGGUUAGCUUAGUGUGGGUGAGAUAAUCUAUUUAUUUAUUUAUUUAGCUUCGCCUUGACAAAAAACGUACACAAUACAAGCACAACAAUUCAUAUACAUGAGACAAAACAAGAGGCAGGGACACCACAACAGUUUACACCAAUUACUGUGGGCCCUUUGAUAGUAUAAUAAAUUGCUGCGACUUUAAAUAGCAUUUUGCAUAUAAUCGUAUUUGUAGCAAUUAUAAUUAUUAUUAUUCAUUGUACUGUGUUCUCGGUUUUUCAUUGGCUAAGAGCCUACAAAUAAUUUUGGGUAUUUGUAGGUGCCUGCGCUAUUUCCAGCGGAAACAGUAAUCUGCAGAGGUUAUUGGACGGCGCCCGAGAUAUUUCAGCGGUAUUUUAUGUGAAAAUACAAAUUGGCGGGAAAUUUUUAGUUGAAUUUACGAAAAGUUAAUCAAUUCAAUGAAUAUUUAUUUGUUUUCAAUUGUUGCUUGUUUUGUUUUCUUUCCUUUCUGUCAGAAAAUGAAUAAUAAAACAAUUAUUGAAUUCAGCUUGCGCAGGAUAUCCAGAAUUAUUUAGACCUCGGUCAAUGUUAUCAGCCUUCGGCUUCGGCAGAUAACAUUGACCUCGGUCUAAAUAAUUCUGGAUAUCCUGCUCAGCCUCAUCCAAUAAUUGUUAACAAUUACAUUUUCUUUUACUAUACAUUUUAUAACAUCACUUAAAAUGCUGGCAAUCGUGUUUCAGAGAUCCAAGAAUUGAAAAGUUUAUGUGGUUCAUCAAUCAUGGCCCAAGGUCUCCCUUGAAGAGCCCCCCCCCCCUUGUUAAAUUUUAGGACUACACCAAUGCUAACUUCCUGUAUCUUAUUUAGAGAAAUAUUCUCCACCUUUACCUAGUGGUGAUAGCAUGGGAGCAGGAAGCAUUGUUGGAAUUGUGAUCGGUGUUACAAUAUUUCUGGUUGUGGUAUUUAUUAUCAUCUUCUUGUGGUAUAGAAGACAACAAAAGAAAUUACUCUUUUACAAACACCAAUAUUUCUUGAGAACUGGAGAAUAUUCAGUGAGUACGAUUUAUUUUUUAACUUUUUAUCCAUGUGAGAAAUCCGCUAUUGUCCCGUUAAAUUGUCUCGUGUUAGGCAGAAUAUAAUGCACCAACAUUUUUUACAUACACUAGUACACUAUAUGAUGGGCAAUGUAAAACGAAGCUUUUGUAAUCCCUUAUGCCCAUUUCUUGCAAGUAAAAUUAUCUGAGCUAAUGUGUAUGUGGCAGAUCUGCUGUAUCAUCAUGUAAACAGUUUAAUUUGACGUGAUAUGGCCUUUUCAUUCUUCACUGGCUUUUAUUUCUUCAUUUUUGUCUCCAUUUCCAAUUCGAUUUUUUAUAUUUCUGUACUUUUAUGUUUAAGUGCUCUGUUUCUCACAAUCGUUUGUUGUUUUAUCAAUUGCUUGGUAGAGGCAUGAAAAAAGGCUUAACUUCACAACUUAAUAUUUAAGGUUGAUCCGAGUCUGACAUUGAACGAACAAAGCAUGAAUUUACCGUACGAUUCAGAUUGGGAAUUUCCAUUUGAACGACUUGUGUUGGGUGAACGACUUGGUGCUGGUGCAUUUGGUGAAGUCUAUAAAGCUGAAGCAAUGGGUAUUCUUGGUCUCAAUCCUCGAGAUAAGAGCAGUAUUGCUAACAAGAGACGAUCAAAGAUAAGGCGGUCUCUGAGAGCAAGUCAAAGACCUAAAAAGAAAACUAUUCCAUGUGAUUUAUCCAACGCCGUCGUGGCAGUGAAAAGCGUUAAAGGUAAGAAUUGUUGUAAACGGUUUAACCUGGGCAUAUUUAAGGGGAGUCAAAAUAUCAUUUGGUAAGGUAAAAAAAAUAUGUGGGUUUCCGGUUUCCCGACCCUACAUGUACCUACCUUUUGGACGCCGAAAUCCCGUCCCUAAACUGUUUUAUUGGAUCAUGCUUGUAAGUGUUUCCACUUAAACGAAACGUUUGUGGAAAAUGGAAAUUUAAGGCAAUGUUAGGGAAAUUUAUCUUUGGAUGUGGAAGCACUGACUAAACAAACAUGCCGUCACAGAGUAGUAUAUCCUCUGUGAUGCCGUCCGGUUGUUAGGAAAAUUAAAAAAAAUAAGUUUAAUUUAAAAAAAACCUACCCUACAUACCUACCUACCCUACCUAAGUUUUUACAAGAAGAAAAAGGAAACUUGAAGCUGGAAACAGUGAUAUUCUUAAAAAGAAUCACAACGCGGUCAUUUUAAGCCCUGUUUCCCGCUUCUACUCUAAAUGUCCAUCGAACACGAUAUUUUUGAGAACUGCCACCAGACUACUGUAAUUUCGGUUCUAUUUUUCUGUAGCGAUUACAGAUUUAUCGCAAAUACCGGGAUAAAAUUGAGUUUUGUUUUUGUAUAUGAUAAUUUGUAGCAAAAGGAAUACAUGUUUCGUUAGAUUCAUUGCAUAAAAGGUGCGAAAUUUAAAUUUUAUCGCGGUUUUUGCCAAUAAAUUGGUAACCGCUGUAGAAAAACAGAACAAAUUACAGUAAAUCACAACACACUACAGAAGCGGAAGUGGGACACUUUUUGUAUUUUCACUGUACGUAAUUUCAGUAUUUUCAUUUUUGGUAGUUUCAGGAUUUCCUAACACUUGGUCUUGAAAUUGCGAUUAUUUGACAAACAACUAUUAUUUUCGUGAUUAUUUUACGAAAACUGGUGAGGGAUGGGGUUAAAUCAGGCCAUUACUUCUUGUGUUUUGUUCAUUAGUGUGUGAUAGCUACCUGUAGUAUUAUAAAGCACGCAUUUCAUACAACAUAAAUAAUCACUUGUAUAUUAUCGGGUAUAUAAUCAAUGUUUGUUUUAUUUCAGGCCAAGCGACAGAAAAUGAGAUCCGUGAUCUGGCAGCUGAAUUAAAGCUGAUGAUCCACAUUGGUGAACAUAAGAAUAUUGUUAAUCUACUUGGUGCGUGUACCACCGGACGUAAACUAUAUGUUAUUCUAGAGUUUUGUCCAUAUGGAAACCUGCUUAUGUUUCUGAGAUCCAAACGAGAUAUGUACAACAGUACUUGGGUAAAAGAGAUAUAUGAUCCUGACAAAGAGUUUACGUUGAUUGAUAUUGUCGGUGCUGCAUUUCAAAUUGCAAAAGGAAUGGACUUUUUAGCUUCACGGAAGGUAAUGUGUUUAAUAUAUAAAGUUUGUUCGUUCACUGCAACCAGGUAUAUCAAUCAUGUUUCGCUCGCUACUCUGGUUUAAAUAAAUGAUUACAAAGCCCAGUCGAAUUGUAAUCAAGACCCAACGUUUCGACACUCCAGUCUAGUGUCUUCAUCAGGGGUGAUCUAAAACUGCGAUCGUGGCUUCUUAAAUACCCAAGGGAUGACGUCACCUGCCAAUGAGAUGCAUAUAUUCUUCUGGCAAAUAGGCGCCGUCAUCCCACCGUCAUCUUUGAAUAGGGAUGACGGUGCCUAUUUGCCAGAGGAAUAUAUGCAUCUUCUUGGCAGGUGACGUCAUCCCUUGGGUAUUUAAGAAGCCACGAUCGCAGUUUUAGAUCACCCCUGAUGUAGACACUAGACUGGAGUGUCGAAACGUUGGGUCUUGAUUACAAUUCGACUGGGCUUUGUAAUCAUUUAUUUAAACCAGAGUAACGAGCGAAACAUGAGUGUUUAAUAUAGUUUAAUGAUUCGUCACAAUACAAUACAAUGUAUUGCAAUUUUGAUGGAUUUCUAUCACUUUUAAACAUUGUACAUGCAACUCAGAUAUUGGGUGUUAUACAAAACAAAUAAUGAAUGGAAAAUUCCAUCUUUUCUCCUCAUGAAAAUGUUUUACCAUUGCACUCAUAAACAUUCAUUGUUUGUAUAACAAAUAAUUAUAAGCAUUAAUUACAAUAGAGUAGUGUGAUGAGUGGAAGUUUUCUCUCUGUGCAUUUAUGUUUCUUGAUUGCAUUGAUGGAUCAUCGCGCAUGUAAAGUGUAUAUGACGUAUACACUUAUCAUUUAUAGACCUGGAGCGAGGGGGAUUUGGUGAAAUAUUACCCUCAGUGAUGACAUUUCCUUCGGGGCUAUUUCGCCGAGCGGGAGGGUCUGUAAAUGAUAUAUUAUACAGAAAAUUAAAGGCCUCCAAGUUGAGAAUAUAAAACUUGCCGCAUACCUUAUGUUUGUCACUUUUCUUUAAAAUCACAUAUCGUUUGGAAUAUUGAUUCAAAAUCGAAAAAAAUUUAAUAAUUUAUCAUUCCUUAGUAUAUUUUGUCGGCCAUCUUGUUUGUUUGAUCGCCGCGCGCAUGGGUUACGCGAAUCAUAUCACCAGGGUGAUGUGAUCAAAUCAUCGUGUGGUGUGAUUGAAUUCAUCCGCUACGUCAAAUACGAUGACGUAGGGCGUGUUUCGAUGAUAAAUUUCAUGCUCACAUAGCACAAACUUAGCUUUCUGAUUGGACACUUUGAAUUUGAGGUAUAAUAUUUGCACUUAUGUAUGCAUGUGCAUGUCAAAAGUGCAUGUCUAUAAAAUAUGAUCUUUGUUUUUACGAAAAUUUCACGGAGGUAAAUUUUGUCUUAAUUUCAAAAUUCGUGUUGGCUGCAGAGAAUUACAAAUCGCUGAUUUAUUAAAUUUUCAAAUUUUUACAUAUUUACGAAUUUAUACAUAUUUGUUUAUACAGUUAAUUCACCGUGAUCUUGCCGCACGAAACAUCCUUGUUGCUGACGAAUAUGUGAUGAAAAUAUCAGAUUUUGGUCUCGCAAGAGAUAUAUAUCAAAAUGACGUGUAUGUGAAGACAUCAAGUGGUAUGUUACCAGUGAAGUGGAUGGCUGUGGAAUCUCUAUUUGAUCGUGUCUAUACUCAUCAAAGUGAUGUGUAAGUACCCGCGAUUAGUAAAGUUCACAUAAUUGCAUUAUAUACAUUAAGGCUGGUUUUCAUUAACUGUCGCCGACAACUCGCGAAUAGUGUUUUCAUUUGUUUUAUCUGGUUUUAUUUUCGCAGAAUGUCUGCAACUACCGCCGACUGUCGCAGCAAAACAAUUUUUUAUUUCUGCGACAAUCGCCGUAGUCGCGGAUGAAUUACGAUACUCGAUAGGCUGUUAUAUAGAAAACAAGAACAAUAUUCAAUAAACAUAGCGACGAUGUAAACUUUUCAGUUUUCCAUCAACUUGCUGUAUAGACAUUCAUGAGAAUUCCAUGUGUAAACUUUAAAUUAAAAAUGAAGAACAUUUAAAGUGACAAUCUUUGCUGACAGCAUGUAUAUUUCAGUCCACGUUUUGUUUUCUUAAUCAAUUUUUAUACUCUCUUGCUUGUAUUUAUGUAGUUGGUCAUUUGGUGUUUUAUUAUGGGAAAUGAUGACACUUGGAGGAACACCGUAUCCAGAUCUUCCUGCUGAACAACUGCUAGAUUUCUUAAAUGAAGGGAAACGUAUGACACAACCUAAUAAAUGUCCUCUGGAGGUUUACACAAUAAUGAGAGAUUGCUGGCAAGAAGAGCCUGAGGCGAGACCGACAUUUGCAACUCUUGUCGAACAUCUGGGAAGGAUACUGGAAAGACACAUGGAAAAGGUAGGUUGUGUUGUUUAAACAGUGCUCCUCAAUGGUUGUGUUGUUUUAUAGAUGCGUCUCAAUGCGAGUGAAGGUACUGAAACUAUAAGAACACCAUUGCUAUUAGGAUGGUAUAUUGAUACUAAAGGCAUUUGUAGAUGGGAAUUUCGAGUUUUUUAUACAUGUAUUAGACCUAAGCAAGAGCAGUUGCGAAAAUGUACCUUUGACAAGAAUCCAAUAUAUAGCCUUGCGAAUCCAAUAUAUAAUAUAGCCUUGUACUAAUUUUGUGAUGCUCUUUCAAGCUGUGAUGAAAUUUUUGUCUAGAUCAAAAUUUAGUCUAUUACGCAAGUGGUCAAUUAUAUCGAGUGAGAUGUCCGAAAUCGUGAUAUAUUGAUACUGUCUUGUGCCCAGUGUUUUUUCCUGGUUAACUUUAUUAAAAUUAUUGAUGAAAUUUUCCAUUCUCACAACAAUCGUAAACUGACCAAUCAAAGACAGAGUUUGUAAGUCGCUAUCCCCAACGAGUGUUCUUUAUAACGCCUUCAUCAAUAACUUCACACGUUAAAAUGUUUUCAUUGUCCGACAAUUUAAAAAGCCUGCGCGAAGGCAUUUACAAAUUUUCCGUACAGGAUUGUCUUCCGCACAAGUAUUGACCAAUAACAUUGCGUGCUUUACUGUAGUUAUUAAAUAAUGUUCCUUGUAUCAUCACAAUCUCGUACCCAGAGUCCUUUGCUUUCGCUAUUUACUUUCAACGAAUGACCGAGUACAAUAUAGCCCUGGAUAUGAGGUCGUGCAUGAACGAAUGACCGAGUACAAUAUAGCCCUGGAUACGAGGUCAUGCAUGAACGAAUGACCGAGUACAAUAUAGCCCUGGAUACGAGGUCAUGUAUGAACGAAUGACCGAGUGCAAUAUGGCCCUGGAUACGAGGUUGUGUAUGAUCACAUUUACCAACAUGUGUCUCAUUGUACGAUACCAGGCAAAUCCCUAUCUACACGUGGAAGCUAGUCCAGAAGAAAUUGAAGCUGCAAAGGAAAAAGACGAACUUGUUAAACCAAAAUCAGAUUAUUAUUUGCAACCGUUGCUGAUGUCUACUAAACUGCAUGGGUAAGACUCGUUCAAUACCGUCUAAUUUGUAUAAUUGGAGACAUAAUAAGUUAUUAAUUCGCUCAUAAGAGUAAAAGAUUAAAAACUACUAUAAUUAACAUUUUCAGUUCGAAGACUUUUUCAGCUGAUAAACUUUUAUAUGACAACAUUUCAUUUCAACAGUUUUUAUGCUACUGUUUAUGGAAGCUUGAUUGGCCACUAUAUUCGUACUAAUUACUAUAAAUUUGCAUGGAAGUUCACGUUACUUUCACUUAUUACUUGCUGUGUUUUGGCUCAUUCAAAAGCCCCCCUCUAUUUAGUCACUCCUAUCCAACAACUCCUUACGUCUUCAAAGGUGCAUGAAGAGGGUUUACGGUAAUUUUUUUUCGUGUAGGGCCUAUUUAUAUGAGCCUGAGUGAGUGAGAUUAAAGAUUUCUAUGUUUAUAUGACUGUUUUUAUCCCACCUAUCAAUAACCCACCUCAGUGGGAUGAGGCAUAGUUUCUUCGAAAUAUUUAUAUUAAUGUUUAUUUUUGUUUGUAUUUUCCAACCAUACCGUUCAACACUACGUUGUAUUAUAAGGUCAAAAAUAUCCAUCCCAGUCAGGUGGGAUGAAACUUCAUAUGAAAAAUUUUAUCCCACUGGACUGAGAUCCCACCCGGUACAAGUUGAGAUCUCAUCUAGCUACGCUGGCUCGUUUCUCGUAUGGACACAAAUUGAAUUUUAUAUGCGUUGACAAAGGACAUGCUGAUCUCGCUCUCGUGAGUUUUCUAGUUAACUGGACUCUUGUGAACGGGCGCAAAGGGGGAACUGCAAGUUCAAUUUUAUAACCGUCGUUAUGAACAAAAAUACCAUAAUCAAACCACUCAUUUGAAAUCACAAUAGAGAUACUUUUUACGCAUGAAUCUUCACAAUAUUAAUAUUCAUUUCUUCUCUCUAGUUAUGAUUCGAAUGCACCACUUCCAACACCCCCCACAGAUUCCUACACUCAGGCAGUUGCACCCAUACCCGAAGCUGACACAAUACCGACAAUGAAGGGAGCUGGUUCUUACGCGCUGUUACGAGAGGAGAAUCCGGACGAACCCAAAGUACCUUUGGAUGAUGAGAGUGGUAUUGGGUUGGAAGAUACCAAUAAUAAAAACCAUAAGGAUACGAAUAAUAUUCAUGGAAAGUCUAAGAGCAUGGAAUCAGUUGUGUAAAAGAGACUGAUACCAAGAAAAUUAUUUUUGUGAUGUGCAAAAGGUAUAUACUAUAUAGACAAGAUAUAUAACUUGAGAUGCACAAAAUAACAAUUAUCAAACGAGUGAAUCAUAUUAAAAGUAGCGUAGUACAGAUUAUUCACUUUAUUUUGUCAAAUAAACGCCUGCACUGAACGUCACUCACUAUUUUAUUUAUUUAGUAUGAAAUAGUACAACAUAAACUCUGAGUAUUCUUUGUUUGUAAUCACGUGACUUUUAUUCCAAAUGACGGGCAAUCAAACAACUUGUGGACGAUUUUUCUCCUAUCAGAAUGGUUGUAUAUAGCAAGAAAAACUGAACUUUAAUUCAUCUUUGAGUCUUAAACUGCCUCUAAACUCGAUCAAUACAUUAAAAAUAAAGUAGCUGUUUUUUGUUGUACCUUCCCGUCAACUGAAAUCCCAAAAUUACGUCAUUGCAAACAAAGAAUAGGCAUAGUACAAAACAUGGACUGGACAGUUGGACUGGACUGGACUGAUUUUUGAUUUUCUCUUUUCUUGACUUGCACGUCACCCGCCAUGUCAGGUGGCAUGGCACAUAAUAGAUUUACCAUGUCUAUUUUGUGAUUUUAUCAAUGAACAUUGUCUGGUGUGUACCAGGAGGAGAUUGGUUGCAAGUCAUUAAUAUAACGUUUUGCACCUGAAUUACUUUGGGAUUGAUUUUCGGAAAUUGAAAUACUUUACCUUCGCCGGUGACCUCACUUUAUAAUUGGAGUGAAAUCUCUUAAAGCGAAAGAAAUCCCAGUAGGUAGAAUAGAAUAGAAUAGAAUACCAAACAUAAACUACUUAUCUGUCUUUGCUAUGGGUAGCCUGCUCGCAUACGUAUUAAAUUUCGAUAUUUCAGUCUGCAUGGCCAUGGGCGUAGGAAGAUCGAUAUUUUGGGGGGCUCAUAUUCAUAUAUUCGUGUUCUGCAUCAUUUACUUCUUUUGAAAUUGAUUGCUUUAUGAGCCCCCCAAAAAUACCGAUCUUCCUACACCCAUGGCCAUGCAGACUGAAAUAUCGAAAUUUAAUACGUAUGCGAGCAGGCUACCCAUAGCAAAGACAGAUAAGUAGUUUAUGUCUGGUAUUGUAUUCUCUUCUACUUACUGAGGUUUCUUACUGAGAUUUCACUCCAGUUAUAAAGUGAGGUCAUCGGCGAAGGUAAAAUAUUUCAAUUUCCGAAAAUCAUAAGUAAUUCAGGUGCAAAACGUUAUAUUCUUGACUUGCAGCCAAUCUCCUCCUGGUACACACCAGACAAUGUUCCGAUCGAUAAAAUCACAAAAUAGACAUGACAUGGUAUAUCUAUUCUGUGAUAAAAUAUUCUUUUGUGCCAUGCCAUCUGACAUGGCGGGUGACGUGCAAGUCAAGAAUAGAGAAAAUGUAAAAAUCAGUCCAGUCCAACAGUCCAGUCCAGUCCAACUGUCCAGUCCAGUCCAACUGUCCAGUCCAGUCCAACUGUCCAGUCCAGUCCAACUGUCCAGUCCAGUCCAACUGUCCAGUCCAGUCCAACUGUCCAGUCCAACUGUCCAGUCCAGUCCAUGUUUUGUACUAUGCCCAAAGAAUAUAGGUAUACAUAUUUUAAAAUUAUGACAUAUGACAUCGGGCAGUGCCGAAAUUUCGGCCUAUACUGCAGUAGUCUUUGAUACAGUGUCUUCGAUAGAAUGCAGGAAUCAUGACAAUAAGGUCUCUCUCUCUCUCUAUAUAUAUAUAUAUAUUUAAAAUUUGUGCAAGAGAACCAUGCGCAGUGUGUCACAAAGAAAGCAAAACCAGCUUGAAAUAGAAUUAAUUAUGCGUUCUGUUUUAUAAACAGCAUGUGAUUUAAAAAGAUUCAAAUAUUUUGUUUUUGGGAUGCACACUGUGUCACUGCAUGUAUAAUAGAUAAAUUUUCAAAUGGAUGUGAAAAAUAAUUAAUUUAACAUGUAUCGAACUGGCAUGGGAGGACUUCAAAAUCGAAUUUUACCGCUACUUUUAUUCAGUACGUUUCAUACGGGACCAUGCAGCGACCAAAAUUUGGAUAAGAUCAAUGUACAGGUAUAUACAGAUUUGUCAUGCAUGGUCAUCACAUGUUGAUGUUUGCGAACCUUUAUAUACUACUAACGAGAGUUGUUAAAGCCCAUUUCCACUCGGGAAAAUUUUCCACGGAAAGAAACGUUUGUAAAAUGUGAUUGGCGGACACAAAUUUCCAAACUUUUUGGAAAAUUUUCUGUCCGUGGAAAUUUUUCUUGAGUGCAGGAAAUGGGCCUUUAGGAAAGACUCACAAGACUGAAAAGAAUGAUGGCAAGAGUUGCAUGCUUAUUCAACGAGAGGUUUACACCAUCUUUGUAUAUGGAGGAGGUUUUGUACUGUAGUAGUAUAGUAGCAGUGAAAAUCAUUCUGAAUCCUGUAUAAAUUUCUGUAUACGCGUACAUGUAGUUCAGCUCAUGUAAACAUGAGUUAUGUUAUAAUGCAAGUUUUUUGUAAAUAUUUGUACAACCUAAUAAAUUUUUUACCCUAUU